AUGCAGAUUGUUCAAUUACGACAGCCUGAACAAGAGCAAAAGAGACAAGAAGAAUUAAAUCUUAAAACUAAGCUUGGAGAACCGGUGGUUGUUUGCAGUUAUUGUAAAGGUGGACAUUUCACGCGUACCUGUCCGUAUAAAAGUGAUAUGGAAGCGAUGCAGUUAUUGCAAGAACAACUUCGUGCUAAAACUGAACCUUCUGAGGAAUCUGUCAAAGAACCACAAACGGAUCGUCCUGGACGUUAUAUUCCACCAUGUUUACGUGGUGAUGCAGCCACUACCGGCUCCAGUAUGUCCUCAGAGAAGCGUCCAUUCGAUGGAAACACAGUACGUGUUACUAAUCUACCACCGGAUACAACUGCAGAUGAUCUGAAAGCAUUGUUCAGUCCAUUUGGUCAUGUAAUGCGUAUCUAUCCAGCGAAGGAUAAAUUAACUCAACAAAAUAGGGGAUUUGCAUUUAUAUCGUAUGAAACACCGGAGCAGGCGAGUAAUGCAAUAUAUGCUGUUAAUGGUCUUCGACAUAAUCAUGUCGUGCUUAAAGUUGAUUGGGCAAAACCGUCGAAUAACUAA